GCCCCAGGAGCCAGCAGAGAUAGGGCAGGAUGGAGCGGAGACGCAUCACCUCUGCACGCCGCUCCUACGCCUCCUCCGAGACGCUGGUCAGGGGCUUGGGUCCCAGCCGCCACCUGGGUACCAUCCCACGCUUCUCACUGUCUCGAAUGCCUCCUCCACUCCCUGCCAGGGUAGAUUUCUCUCUGGCCGGGGCACUCAAUGCUGGCUUCAAGGAGACUCGGGCCAGUGAGCGCGCCGAGAUGAUGGAGCUCAAUGACCGCUUCGCUAGCUACAUCGAGAAGGUCCGCUUCCUGGAACAGCAAAACAAAGCGCUGGCAGCUGAGCUGAACCAGCUUCGAGCCAAGGAGCCCACCAAGCUGGCUGACGUCUACCAGGCAGAGCUGCGGGAGCUGCGGCUGCGGCUGGACCAGCUUACUGCUAACAGUGCCCGGCUGGAGGUGGAGAGGGACAAUCUAGCACAGGACCUCGGCACCCUGAGGCAGAAGCUCCAAGAUGAAACCAACCUGAGGCUGGAGGCAGAGAACAACCUGGCUGCCUAUAGACAGGAGGCAGAUGAAGCUACCAUGGCCCGUGUGGAUCUGGAGAGGAAGGUGGAGUCGCUGGAGGAGGAGAUCCGGUUCCUGAGGAAGGUCCAUGAGGAGGAAGUUCGAGAACUCCGGGAGCAGCUAGCCCAACAGCAGGUCCAUGUGGAGAUGGAUGUGGCCAAGCCAGAUCUCACAGCUGCCCUGAGGGAGAUUCGCACUCAGUACGAGGCAGUGGCCACCAGUAACAUGCAAGAGGCAGAAGAGUGGUAUCGGUCCAAGUUUGCGGACCUUACAGACGCUGCUUCCCGCAAUGCAGAGCUGCUCCGCCAGGCCAAGCACGAGGCUAACGACUAUCGCCGCCAACUGCAGGCUUUGACCUGCGACCUGGAGUCCUUGCGCGGCACGAACGAGUCCCUGGAGAGGCAAAUGCGGGAACAGGACGAGCGCCACGCGCGGGAGUCGGCGAGUUACCAGGAGGCCCUCGCUCGGCUGGAGGAGGAGAGCCAAAGCCUCAAGGAGGAGAUGGCCCGCCACCUGCAGGAGUACCAGGAUCUACUCAACGUUAAGCUAGCCCUGGACAUCGAGAUCGCCACCUACAGGAAAUUGCUGGAGGGCGAGGAAAACCGCAUCACCAUUCCUGUACAGACUUUCUCCAACCUACAGAUCCGAGGGGGCAAAAUCACCAAAGAAGGGGAAGGCCACAAAGUCACAAGACAUCUCAAAAGGCUCACAAUACAAGUUAUACCAAUUCAGGCUCACCAGAUUGUAAAUGGAGGCCCGCCACCUCUCGAAACCAGCCUGGACACCAAGUCCGUGUCAGAGGGCCACCUCAAGAGGAACAUCGUGGUAAAGACGGUGGAGAUGCGGGAUGGUGAGGUCAUUAAGGAGUCCAAGCAGGAGCACAAGGAUGUGAUGUGAGGUGUGGCCACCUGGUGGCCCCCGGCCAUACAGUGUGAGGGCCCGAAGCGCCUCCUCAGAUAGUCCUGUUCCCCCACGCCCAAUUCCCAUC